GAUAUUCCCGGUUAGGAAAUAUGCAAGUAUGCUACCCGAACCAGCUAGCUCCAUCGUGUCCCACGAGUUCCCCGCUCUUGUUGCCCAAGUCGGACUAUAACCAAUUCUUUGACGCCUACUAUUUAUUUAGUCAAUCUCUCGGUUAAGAAUCCCCUUGAUAUCCUUAAUCUUCCUGCCAAUACAAACGGAAUGACGUUGACAUCUCUUCCCAACGAGCUCAUCGAACACAUUGCUUCGUAUCUCGACCUCCCCAGCACCCGUUCACUCCGCCUAACCACAUCCUCUCUAACAAAAGCAUCAUCCCACCUCUUCAAAGACCGCUUCUUCCAGCAACGCACUUUAUUCUGGACCAAACCAAGUCUAGACGCCUUUGUACAAAUCUCGCUACACCCACAAUAUGGCAACGCCCUCCGCCACCUCAUCAUCGACGCAACACCCCGACACUCGAUGCGUCUCUGGCAACUCUCCAAACGAAUAACUGAGAUAACCCCCUUCCCCAGCUGUUCCUCCUCCAAGACCGCGGCAUCCCCCGAACAAUGCAAACUCCAAGACGCCUGGGCGCAAGCCGCAGAAAAAGCCGCACAAAACACCUCCUUCUUCAACGAAACCCGGCACGACCGGAAAACCCUCAAGCAAGCUUUCGCAAACAUGUCCCAGGGAAACCUAACCACCAUCACCUUCCUCUACACCGGGCUUCCGGCCUCUCUUGUAAAAUGCGCAAGAGCAUACUGUGCACUCAGCCAAUGCGAGAUCUCGCGGCCCUUCGUCUCUACCCUCGCCGCCCUCGCAGCAUCCCCUCACAUGCACCUCUCGCGCAUCGCGCUGCACAAGCCGUUCCACCACGGCGCCGUAAGCAUCGGCCGCCUGGAAGGUCUCGCGCCGCUCCUCCCUUGCUUCGACAAGGCAUUCAGCACGCUAACGCAUCUCGCGCUCAACCUGCGCGACUGGCGCGAACAAGAGUCUGGGUUUCAACUCGCACCGCCAGGUUCCUCGUCAUUGUCAUCUUCUACUCCUCCUCGUGCACCCUUCAUCGUGCGCUUCUUGUCUAAAAUGAACAACCUAACUUCACUAGAAUUAAGUUGCUAUAGUAACUUCGAGCAUAAUGUUUUUGUGGAUCUAGCGAGGCACUGUUGCUUUGACAAGCUGGUAGUGUGUAAGCUUUCGGUUAUGAAGAUUGAGCGCGUAGAGUGGUUGGACAUGUUUCUGGGGAAGAGUCUGCGAGGGCCGCUGAGGGAGCUUUGCUUGAGGCAUGUUAUGCUAGAGAAGCGCGAGGGGAACGGGUGGGUCGAGUGGGUGAAGCGGCUUGCGGUUGAGCAGCAGGAUUUGAGCCAAGAGCGUGCAUUGGAAGGACAAGGGGCGGCGACAGGUAUUACGCAUUUUUGCUUUGCGGAUUUGUUUAUGGGACAGGGUGAGGUGCUUUUUGUACGGGGAAGUCGGAGUCUUUGUUUGGGAGAGGACUGGACAUGUCAGCUUUUGAGUGCAUUGGAAGGCGGAGCGGAAGGGAAGGGAUGGAGGCCUCAGUGGGAUAUGGGCGCGUCUGCAUAUCCGUUUGUAGGGCUGAGCAUGUGAGUUAUGGAAUGGUUUCCGCCAGUAUUUCAGCGGACGAAAAAGUACGACCCUGGACGCGUCUGCGGACACUACCCAGUGAUUCGGGUUCUGGAUAGGACACAUUAUUUCAAGGUAGGGGGCCAAUAAAAGCCUAGAGUAC